AUGGGAGCGAUUCCGGAAUCCUUAUCGGGAAUUGGAAGCCGUGUUUCGACUGCAUUCCGGGAGCGUGCAAUGCAGAGAGCCGGCUCAUUACCGGCCGCACAGUUGCAGGGUGAUCUUCUUCAUGCCGCAGACGAUAUCACUAGCAACAUGAGCACAUUACUCAGGCAACUUGAUCAAGCUCAAGAAGACGCCGUGAAUGGCGACGGAGCGGAAAGUAGCUAG